UUGGAGACUAAUCCCCUGGUCUGUAAAUCUGCCGGCUGAUAGAUAAACUGAUGUGUUGAAUCUGCCUUUACAACUCGAAUUUCCCUGGGGAUAUUGAAUCUCAAUUCUGGAUAUUUAUUAAUUGACUUUAAUGCCAAGGGAAUGCCAAGUCUGGUCCAGCACGAGGCCUUGAACAUCUGUUUACCAGGAGAGAGAGAGCCCUGUCACCAGAGUCCUGCCACCACAGCAACUGAAGCCUUAUCUAACACCGUAUCAGGACCAUUCUGUAGAGGAACCACCAGCUAAGUCCAUUAAUAACAACCUGACCGUUUCAGUUGUCCCGGACUAAAGGAUCAGAAGUCAUUGAGAGCAAGACGGACGGUUCCCCCGCCAAGGAUAAUGCUAAUAUAGCCUCCUCAGUAUCUCCAGCAAACAACCACUCUAGAGGUGCUAACAUAGUCCCUCUCUAGCUGUAACCAUGGACGACCAUUGGCAGAACAACGUGAACCAGCAGGGCACUGAGAUCCCCACCUACGGGGAGGGAGGCGGCCAGGAGUACCCCUACCAGGCUGACUUCCCCCAGCAGGAGGGAGGAGGGGACGAAGACGCCAGGAGUGAUGCCACGGAGGGUCACGAUGAGGACGCAGAGGCGAUGUACGAAGGAGAGUACCAGGGGAUCCCCCACCCUGACGAGAUCAAGGCGGCCCAGCGGGCGGCCAGGGCCGAGGCCAGGAAGAAGGCCAGGCUGGCGGCGGCGAUGCCGGAUGAGGAGGACCUGGCAGAACAGUAUGAGAACAUCAUGGAGGACUGUGGGCACGGCCGUUUCCAGUGGACCCUGUUUAUCGUGCUGGGCAUGGCGCUGAUGGCGGAUGGCGUGGACGGAUUUGUGGUGGGCUUCGUGUUGCCUAGCGCCGAGAAGGACAUGUGCUUAUCCAACGCCAACAAGGGCAUGCUGGGUCUGCUGGUGUACGUGUCGAUGAUGGUGGGGGCGUUCGUGUGGGGCAGCCUGGCGGAUAAGAUGGGCCGUAGGAAGUGUCUGAUCUACUGUCUAGCCAUCGACUGUGUCUUCAGCUUCCUGUCUUGCUUUGCUCAGGGAUACGGGUUCUUCAUCUUCUUCAGGUUCUGCUCCGGCUUCGGGAUCGGAGGGACUAUCCCCAUAGUGUACACCUACUUUGCAGAGUUUCUCCAGAUGGAUAAGAGAGGGGAGCACCUUAGCUGGCUGUGUAUGUUCUGGAUGUUUGGUGGACUCUACGCCUCCUUCACAGCCUGGGGGAUCAUCCCACACUACGGCUGGGGCAUCAGCCUGGGGACACAGUACCAGAUCCACACCUGGAGAGUAUUCAUCCUGGUGUGUAUGUUUCCAGCCAUCAUUGCCCUCAUUGGACUGGUCUUCAUGCCAGAGAGCCCACGCUUCUUCCUGGAGAAUGGGAGACAUGACGAGGCCUGGAUGAUUCUGAGACAGGUCCAUGAUACCAACUGGAAAGCCAAGGGAGAACCAGAGAGGGUAUUCACUGUGUCCAACAUCACGACUCCUAAGACCCAGGAAGACGAGUUCAUUGAGAUACAGAGUGACACUGGGACAUCCUUCCAGCGCUGGACUGUCAGACACACCAACCUCCUGAAACAGGUGAUGCAGAAUGUGAUAUCCCUGGCAGCACCAGACCUCAGACUGCAGAGUCUCUUCCUGGCUAUCGUCUGGUUCACCAUGGCCUUCAGCUACCACGGGCUCUCGGUGUGGUUCCCUGACAUGAUCAAGUACAUGCAGUACGAGGAGUACGAGUCCAAGGUGAAACUCUUCCAUCGAGAACGAGUGGAGCGAUUCCACUUCAACUUCUCCCUGGUUAACCAGAUCCACAAAGAGGGAGAAUAUGUUCACGACAAGUUUAUGAAUAUAGAGAUCAAGUCUGUGAAGUUUGAAGAUUCCCUGUUUGAGAACUGUUACUUUGAGGAUGUCAGGUCGACCAACACCUACUUCGAGAACUGCACCAUCAAGAACACGGUCUUCUAUAACACAGACCUUUGGGAAGACUCUAAGUUUAUAGACUGUCGGAUGGAGAAUGCAACGUUCCUCCAUCCGAAGAAAGGCUGCCAUCUGAACUUCCAGGAGGAGAACGACAUCGUUAUCUACAUGGUCAGCUUCCUGGGGAGUCUAGCAACACUGCCAGGCAACAUCCUGUCAGCCCUCUUCAUGGACAAGAUCGGAAGGAUCAAAAUUAUAGGUGGUUCUAUGCUGGUAUCAGCAGUUUGUACCUUCCUCCUGCUACUCAGCUUCAGUCAGGGCGCGGUUAUAUUAUUCCAGUGCCUUUUCUACGCUACCAGCGUCGCGGCCUGGAACGGACUGGAGGUUAUCACAGUCGAAAUCUACCCUUCUGCUAAAAGAUGCACAGCGUUCGGAGUGCUGAACGGUACCUGUAAGCUGGCAGCCAUUAUCGGCAGCGUCAUCUUUGCCAAGUUCAUCGGCGUCACAAAGAUAAUCCCCAUUUUCCUGGCGUUCGCAGCGCUGGCCUGUGGAGGUCUGCUGGCUACUAAACUGCCCGACACGCGGGAGAAGAUCCUGGAGUGAAAACAACAAAACAUCUACAGCAUCAAGGGUUGUAAAAUUCCUGUAACUUUCCACAGGUUUUCAAAAACAUCUUGGUUGGAGGAUUUCCUAGACUUCCUGCUUAAACGUGGGGAUUUUUUUUUGGGGGGGGGAAGUUAGUGGAAUUUUGCAACCCUUUGCAACGUCACGGCCGAAUAAAGUUGUCUGUAAAUACGGGUUGGUCCAGUUGGGAGAGAGACUUCCACAUGUGAUGUGAGCUGUGUGUGAUAUGGGAUGGGCUUUCUGUUCCCGCGGUGAUGUAAAGAACGAAUGGUACCUUCAUCGAGACAUGUCACCGUUUUACAUUGUUUGAAAUUGUUGUUUCUCUUCUGUGCACCUCAAACUGCCACCCCGUUGGCGCAAGGACAACUCACUCUGUAUUGGGUAUGGUUUGUUUUUUUCAAAAUGUGUUUUAAAUUAUUUAAAAAAACGAAAAUAAAGAAUACGAGAGAUCGGAAAUGUAUCUACUUGGUAAGAUGACAGCCAGUUUUACCACGUUGUGCUUUGAUUUAAAACGAACUGUUCAGGAAAGGUAUUGGCUUGACAUUUGGGUUGGUAUUCAACGACGGCUAAGGUUUUCAACGUAAAACGCUAUUGUACGAUUCAGAACCAAUGUUCCAUUGUCCUUGUUCCAUUCCGUUCUUUGCCCUUAACUUUCCAGCUGGUCAUGACGCUGAAUGUAGCUCUGAAUCCCCUCCAUUCUAUUCCACAUAUCCCCCCCUUCUCUCCAAUGACUUUAUAUUUAUACGUAAUUCAUCCCUUUGUAUCGCUCAGCAUCUGGUCUUCGUCUCCUGUUGUGUCUGUUAAUAACCAGGACGACAACCUCGUCUGCUGUACAGUGGAUGCAUGUGGUGACGUACCAAUAUGUUUGUUGUAUUGUUCUGUGUUCAGUCUCUCCUUUUCCAGAAGAACUGUGUUCUAGCUACUGAUUCUAGUAAAUCCUGUCUAGUCUGUGUUCAGUCUCUACUUUUCCAGUAGAACGAUAUUGAUUCUAUUAAAUCCUGUCUAGUCUGUGUUCAGUCUCUCCUUUUCCAGAAGAACUGUGUUCUAGCUACUGAUUCUAGUAAAUCCUGUCUAGUCUGUGUUCAGUCUCUACUUUUCCAGUAGAACGAUAUUGAUUCUAUUAAAUCCUGUCUAGUCUGUGUUCAGUCUCUCCUUUUCCAGUAGAACGAUAUUGAUUCUAUUAAAUCCUGUCUAGUCUGUGUUCAGUCUCUCCUUUUCCAGAAGAACUGUGUUCUAGCUACUGAUUCUACUAAAUCCUGUCUAGUCUGUGUUCAGUCUCUACUUUUCCAGUAGAACGAUAUUGAUUCUAUUAAAUCCUGUCUAGUCUGUGUUCAGUCUCUCCUUUUCCAGAAGAACUGUGUUCUAGCUACUGAUUCUACUAAAUCCUGUCUAGUCUGUGUUCAGUCUUUACUUUUCCAGUAGAACGAUAUUGAUUCUAUUAAAUCCUGUCUAGUCUGUGUUCAGUCUCUCCUUUUCCAGAAGAACUGUGUUCUAGCUACUGAUUCUACUAAAUCCUGUCUAGUCUGUGUUCAGUCUCUCCUUUUCCAGUAGAACGAUAUUGAUUCUAUUAAAUCCUGUCUAGUCUGUGUUCAGUCUCUCCUUUUCCAGAAGAACUGUGUUCUAGCUACUGAUUCUACUAAAUCCUGUCUAGUCUGUGUUCAGUCUCUACUUUUCCAGUAGAACGAUAUUGAUUCUAUUAAAUCCUGUCUAGUCUGUGUUCAGUCUCUCCUUUUCCAGAAGAACUGUGUUCUAGCUACUGAUUCUAGUAAAUCCUGUCUAGUCUGUGUUCAGUCUCUACUUUUCCAGUAGAACGAUAUUGAUUCUAUUAAAUCCUGUCUAGUCUGUGUUCAGUCUCUACUUUUCCAGUAGAACGAUAUUGAUUCUAUUAAAUCCUGUCUAGUCUGUGUUCAGUCUCUCCUUUUCCAGAAGAACUGUGUUCUAGCUACUGAUUCUACUAAAUCCUGUCUAGUCUGUGUUCAGUCUCUACUUUUCCAGUAGAACGAUAUUGAUUCUAUUAAAUCCUGUCUAGUCUGUGUUCAGUCUCUCCUUUUCCAGAAGAACUGUGUUCUAGCUACUGAUUCUACUAAAUCCUGUCUAGUCUGUGUUCAGUCUCUACUUUUCCAGUAGAACGAUAUUGAUUCUAGUAAAUCCUGUCUAGUCUGUGUUCAGUCUCUACUUUUCCAGUAGAACGAUAUUGAUUCUAUUAAAUCCUGUCUAGUCUGUGUUCAGUCUCUCCUUUUCCAGAAGAACUGUGUUCUAGCUACUGAUUCUACUAAAUCCUGUCUAGUCUGUGUUCAGUCUCUACUUUUCCAGUAGAACGAUAUUGAUUCUAUUAAAUCCUGUCUAGUCUGUGUUCAGUCUCUACUUUUCCAGUAGAACGAUAUUGAUUCUAUUAAAUCCUGUCUAGUCUGUGUUCAGUCUCUCCUUUUCCAGAAGAACUGUGUUCUAGAUUCUGAUUCUAGUAAAUCAUGUCUUGGUUGUCUGUUGCCAUGACAAUGUAAUACUUUU